CAUGCCGUUCACAAACGUUACCAAGGAGACCAUGUGGAGGAUCCUGUGGCUGCUUGCACCAAAGUCAAGGUCAGGGUCAUGACCUCCCUCUUGACAUCACUUUCAUACCUCCAGCUGGAGAGUGCUGCGCCUAUGUGAAAGAUCCGUCAUGUCAUAGCCAGCUAUCAGACAUCCUACAGCACGUGUCUGCCUCUGAGGGGGUGUACCUGCUCAAUGCGAUGACAAACAUGACCCAGUGCUGCUCUGCAGCUGAUGUCAGCUUCAUUGAGACUGUCACAAUAUCCGUGUUUGAGGUGUCGUUCAUCUGCCCAGAAACAAGGGACAUAUCCUCCAAAAUGGGUAGAGAGCUGCUGGCAGAAGUCGUCAAGUGUCAUCCCUUCAUCUUAUCAGUACUAGUACAGAGGGUCAACGAGUCACUCGACAAAUUGGGACAGAUGGGGAUCUACUUUUUCAAAGGGCUUCCUCUGAGCUCCUGGCUCCCUACUGACCCUGACCUUGCUGUUGUGCGCCAGUGGCUGCUGACCUCUGACCUUAGCUCACCAGCCAAUCAGAUGGCGCAGCAAAUACUCAUGAAUAUUCAUUGGGGCACCACAAAUAAGGGUAACCGCCUGAUGGUGCCAUGGCGUAUUCACAAGCAAGUGGCUGUACUGGUGGUUGAGGCUUAUCAGAGGUUCAUACAUGGCAAGCACCUGGGAUCUAUGAUCAUGGAGGGCGUUAAACAGAUGUCCGCCGCGGUGCAGCAGUACCAGACGACAGAGCAGGAGUUCCACGCCUGGUGCUGGAACCUGCUGCACAGGCUAGUUCUGCACUGGACCAGCCUUCCCAGCCAGGACGAGCACUACGCUGCGCAGCAAGGGGGCGCUCCAGACCUCAACAGUGAUGACUCCCUACUGCCCCUCGUGAAAGGGGUCAAGGAGAAGAACCCCACAGCAUGUUAUGUGGCCCUCAUGGUGACCAAGAUGGGCCAAAACGUGAAUGAGUUCCUAUCAGAGGGUAUCAGACAGCUGGAAGUGCUCACAGAGCAGGGUCUGUCACGUGCCAUUGUAAGCACUGUAUACUACACCCUGAGAAUGUUUGUGGACAACCAGAAGUAUAUACUAGACAGCAUCAGAUUUCAAGAAGUGGUACUGGCUGUGUUACAUGCAGAUGAGUCCUAUUUCAAAGUUGUGAAAGGCUUGCUGUCAUAUGACUUCCCUGGACCAAUCACCAAGCUCUUUACAUCCAUGAUUUUGAGCCAGGUGGAAGAGUGUGGGAAGGAAGGUAAUGCAGGCUUUGUGGCAGCCAUUGACAUGUGGACCAGGAUAGUACUGCAGAUACCAAAGUGGCAUCUAAACAGGAAUUGUUGCUGUGUACUGGACCACCUCAUCAAAGCUGCAUUCACAAAUACACAGGCAUUGCAGAGGGUGCAGAAAACAUUCACUGAGUACUACAAGAAAUUCUGUCAGCAGGAGAGAGGUCAAGGCAUGGUGUCCUCCAUUCUGACCUGGGUGACCUCGGGCAUCCACCUGCCCUCGUUUAUGGACAAACUGUCGGGCGGGGAGUUCUGCUGGCUGGCCUACAUCGUGCUGUGCUUGGAGGGUAGCUACGAGGUGGAGACCAGACUGUGGCCCGCCUUGCAGGAGGAGCUGCUAGCCAACCCUAAGGCGGGAACCGAGCAGUGUCUCAAAAAAUCCAUCAUGAAACUGAAGCUGGAUCAGGCCCCAGUGUGGGGCAAUCUGAACAUUGUCCGCUGGGCAAACAAGGCCCUGGACAUGCCCGAGGACCACCCUGUUGCUGUGUUGGUAUGGCAACGUUUCUUUGGGCUUUAUCUAGGCAGGCUAACCACCAACCAGUCAACCGUCUCUCAAAGGGCAACUGUUGGAGAGAGGUUCUUUUCCACUAUUGGCUAUUCUUCGUAUCCAAAGAAAAUGAGAAAGAAACUGGGACAGGUUGCAGAUCACUAUGUGAAACUCUCCAGUGAAACUGUGGAUGAGGAUGAUGAGGAUGCAGUGUCCAGGAAGGAGCUGCACUACAGGCUGUCUCGCCUGUUUCAAACAUUCCAGCUCUGGGUGGAGGAGCCACUACUACAUGAUGCCACCCUCUACCUGCCCUCCCUACCCAUACAGUACCUGGCUGAGAAACUGCUGGUUGUCUUCCAGAAUCACACGGCUCCAUGGCUGGAAUACCUCGAUUUGAAAGGAGUUUUACAUGAACUUGAGGUCAUGACAUCAGAAUGGAAACUCUCCAAUACUCCUGAACAGAACCCAAAGACAAAGGAACCAAAUGAAACUGAGGCACUAAAACUGUCAGGCAAGGAGCAGAUAUUGCUGCGGCUGUCCAGGAUGGAGGAGCCCCUCCCCCCACCCCCUGUGCCCCCCAUCAAGCCCCCUGUACCGGAGAUGAGUCCGGGCUUGGCAGAGAACAAGAGUGCCAUACUCCACCUGCUGGAGGCUGACCUUACCACUCUCAGGGAGUAUGCAGGGAACCAUUGUGCACAGGUAGCUGGGUUGAAGCAGUUAGAUGAAGUGUAUAUAGACAAGGUCACCAGAGUCUUUCAGAAUGUUGGACAACAGGUUACCAUAGAGAUAAGGUGCUCGAGUAUGAUCAACCCUCUUCACAAGUGUGCCAAGCCUGGUGCUAUUACUACAUGGGUAGAUGAGAAGUGGACAGAUAAAACCAUCCAGCGGAAUGUGGAUGAGAACCGAGCGGAAUACAAACAGAGGCUGAUAGCAUGCAAGGUGCCCUUCUCCAAGAACACAAUUGUUGCUGCGGUGCACACUGAGAAUGCUAUCACCAUGUUGGUGAAGAUGUACCGUGGCUCCACAGACGAGCACAGACGUGCCAACCUGUGUAGUAUUGGGUGUAACCUAUUCUUCCGCAUGGGUGAGGUGAUCACGGACAGCAUUCUGCAGUACCCGCCAACUAAACAGUUCUUUGCUUCAUGUAUUGACAUCCUUGGAAAAGAGUUUGUACAGUGCGAGCUCCAGCUCCCUGACCAGGUGCUAGCGAUGGUUCUUGAGAGACAAGAGAUAGGAGGCCUGCUGUCCCCACACUUCAAACCCAACCUGUCCCCGCAGACGUUUGUGCGCAUGUACGGGAGCCUCGUGCAGCAGAUCAGACAUGACCGGCCGGGGCCCGAACGUGAUGUUGGAAGUCUGGCCCUUCAGGUGGCCGCCAUGCUUCUCAGUAAGUUUGACAUGCUUGCGUGGCUGGGAGAGUACAGCCCAAGCCGACAGGAAGUGAAGACACUGAUUGAGCACCUCAGUGUGGCCUUCAUAGCCUGCGGCCUGAAACCUGAACUGCACUACAACACACUCUACCAGGUGUACCUGAUCCAUGAGAAGAAGCUACUUCAGUACAGGUUCCCUAUGUACCUCCAUGAAGUGCUGGCAGCUAUACUGCAGGGUUCAUCAAUUCAGCGAGUGUGUGUCCAGUGCUGGGAGGUGUUGCAUAGCUACUGUUUCCAUAGCAAUGACCUUGAGUCUCGAGGUCAUUCAGAUGUGUGCACUAUGCUGUCCUUAGAUGAGAUUCGAAACCUGAUGACAUGGCUUGGGUUUGAGUUCAUGCAGAUGAGAUUGAACGUGAAGCAGACGUCAAACUUUGGCCUCUACUCCAAAUGGCAGCCAUAUGUUACCUACAUUGCAAGGCUGUUGAGAGAUUUGUCCAAAUGCCUUCUUGAUAAAAUGCUGCCAAAUAUUGCAGAUGCAAAUACAAAUGACGGUUUGGAUAUGGUCUGGAAGGCAGUGGUUGAGAGUUACUGCCCUUGGAUACAGACAGUUACUAUACAGAAAGUGGGUUGUGUCCCCUGGAUUGACAGUGACCGAGAACUAGCUGCAGAGAUGGUGCAGUCACUGACAGACUUUGUAGCCUACGCACAGUACAGGACUGAAGAUAUUCACCAUCGCUUCUUCAAUGACUUCCUCUCACUGCUAUGGCUGUACUUUGCCACAACGCUUUGUGUGGAAGACACAGCUCCCACAGUGGUCACUGUCUACAACACCCAGUUUGCUAAGUUACCAUGGCAACAGCUGGUGCCCAAUCUUGCUGUCAUGGAGACAAUGACAAGGUUGAAGGAGACUGGGUGCAGCAUGGGUUUCAACUUGGUGACAGACAUCAUGGCGGCUGUGGGCUGGAAGCAAGUGAUGGAGUUCUACGAGACGCACUAUGACCACAACAGGCUAGUCCAGUUUGAGGGAUGCUUCUUUCUGCUCUUGAUACAGGCCUUUUCUGAAAGGAAACAUAUAGAGAGCCCAGAAAUUCAAGAUGUGAUGACUCAAGCCCAAGUUCUGGAAUGGAAGCAUCUGUCAGCCAAUGACUUCAAAAGGGCAUCGUCAUGGUUACUGCAGUCAUGUGAUCCAAAAUGGCUUCUCCUGUCAAGAACAUCUAUAGAAGUACUUGGAUUAAGAAUAGCUGAGACAGCUGCAGGCUUCAACACGAGUGUGUCGGCGAUGUUGACAGAGGAAUGGACGACUAAGCGGCUGGGCUACCUACACUGUCUGUCCUCCCUGAUCUGUCAGUUUACGUACCUCCAGGACAUGAACCCGGCCUCCCUCAGUACAGUUGUACUCAACCUGCUCACCCAGAUAGAGACUGUGGAAUCAGCAGUGGUGGACACUCGCACCCAGAUAGAGGAGAGCACAGACAUGGUGAAAGAGAUUCUCAGUCUCCUAAACAACAGUAACCCUGACAACAAGGGGUCAGAGGUCAUAAUGGAGGUCAUCAUGGACUGGUUGCGUGAAUCACCACAAACCAUCCUUCUGUCGCCAUGCAUACGGGCUGCGUCGAGGAAUUUAGCUUCGCUUACCUACAUGGUCCGAAUAGUGGAACAUUGUAUUGAGUUGUCUUUUGUGCCAGGUACCAACAGAGUUCAGACAGUAGACCCCUGGAGCCACAUCCUGUCAGCGCUGCAGGUCCCAGAGUUGAACCUGACUGAGUUCUUCAUGGCGUGUCUCAAUGAGUCCUCGUUCCUCCUGCUGUACUCGUUCCUGCUUCAGCAGGUGCCCCUCAGACAAACGCUGUCCGAGCAGCAAGGCGUCAUUGAGAUGGUUUGUGAUUGGACAGAGAGGGCAAAACCAUGCUCCGACAAUGAGAGCAAGCUGCUACUGUGGUGGUUCCAGGCAGUGGACCUGAUCCUGCGUCAGAUCGACCACGGGCGGGACACCGUGACCUGCGUGAUGCUCAUCAGGAAGCUCAUGAACCGUGUGAAGGGGUUUGGGGAGGACAGGGCAUCUGAGGGGCUGCUAGGGGCAAUUGGGCUGGGCAGGAAGUCACAGCUGUCAGAGAGAUUCCGCGUCUGCAGCCGAGCCUUUGUUGCUUUCUGCAGCCUCCAAAUAGCAGGUGACAGCAGUCUCCGCCUUAAACCCGCAGACCCCGCCUCCUCAGUACCAGCUGUGAAACUGGAUGUGAAUAAUCUGCUGUCAAUCAAAACCAACAAGAAGUAUCAGCCAAUCAGAACGCAGGUGGACAGAGUGUGUGAGUAUGUGAACGACCAAUCAAAAUGCUUGAGAGAUGCCAUUGGCCUGUUGGCAAUGUUGAAGGAACUUUUUUAUGCUGACAAACAUUUUUUAUCUUUGAUUGAGUCAUAACUAUACUCGUUUUUUGUGCACAGCUGUUUCAUAGAUUAUAGAUUGGACUAAAACAUUGUAGUUGUAGACAACAUAGACAAAAGCUGUUACUGUAAGUAGACAGUGUACAGUAUAUAAUGAUAAAAUCUGUGUUUAGUUGUUUUUAUGAGUUAAUUCAAAUUUUGGGAUUCUUACGUUCCUAUCAAAUAUGCUGACAAUCUAGUCUCAUGAAUAGUGUUGCGAUUAUUAUGUUCUUUCUAGACUUGAGAUUAUGUCAUGUGCUUGUUAAAAACAAAAGAAGCAUGAUUUUUUGUGUCUAUUGAUUUUUUUUUAAGUAUUUAAAAGAUGUCAAUAUGUAUCUUCAAUAUAAGCGAGUGUUUGUAAAAGAUGCAAACAUCAUGUAAAUGUCCUUUACUCAUUGUUUUGAUAUGGUUGUUACAAUAUUCAUAUUUGUUCAAAGAGGAGAUGUAGUCAAAACUUGUUUGAUUUUAUUUCUGGUAGGUAUCCAACCCUCAUGUAGUUAAAUGGUAAAGAUUUUGAUAUGCAUUUUCUUUAUCGCUAUUAAUUUGAGUCUUAAUGCUAUGAGGUGAAGUUUUAUUCACAUUUUAAUGUUUCAUAAACAAUUCUGGCCCAAGUGUGCGAUAAUGACUCCUUGAACCCAUUUGAACUGCAAUUCUUCGCAUUAACAGUUCCAAAUGGGUGACUUCAUUUCUAUUCAUUGUUGUUUGUUUGUUGUGUACUCCUGCGUCUUGUCUAGUGCAAUGUGUUAUUUGCCAUUACUGAAGGACUGCAUGAUAUAAUAAAGUCUUCCCUCCUAAUGGUGCUGCUGAAGUCUCCACUAUUUAAUACAAAUGUUCUAUAUUGAAAAAAAUAUUUUGCAUACAGAAAAUAAAAGAAAUUUUGACAAUAUUUAUUUGUGAUACCUAUUCUGAGGUUAUUUGUAAAUAGUAAUUAUUAGUUUUACUGAGCAUUUCUGUUGCAUAUACAAAUGUAGCAAGAAAUGUACAUAGAUUGCAUUAGUAUUUAUUUCUGUGAUAGUAAUACUGACAAAUAGAACUUACCUGUUGUUUUCUACACAUUUUGGUUGUUGUUUUGUUUUAUACAUAUGGAAAGUUGAUAUAAAAUGUUAAUUUAUAGAUUAGAGUGUUUGAGAAUCCUGUCAAUUUGUUUGAUAGCUGAUUUCCUUAUGUUUAUAUAUAAAGAGCAGAUUCCUAAUUCAUAUAUUCUUUUUCCUUAACAUGACUGGAGCAUUUUUUGCUUUCAUGCUAAAACUUUUUUUUAUUAGGUUAUUGCUACUGCAUACAAUUUGUCUUGCACAUGUUGUUAACAUGUCAAUUUCACAUUGUUGUGAAUGUACCUUAUGAUAGGCUGUCUGUUUAGUUGAUAUUACUUGUCUGAUGGUUUUAAACUGUUGUGGAUUUCUUUGUGUUUGUCAAAUUUCUGAGAAUAUAACUUGAACAUACUAUUGUUGUAAAGAUAUUAUGACAUGUUACAAAGUUUAUUGUGCAAUUACUGAUAUGUUCUAAAUACAUUUGUUACAAAUUA